GUUGUAACUGAAGCGUUUAAAGCAAGUGCGGAGUCGCACUCGGCACAGUUAGCUAGUCGCCGGUCCCCGCGUGCAGACCUGACCAUGUUUUUCCUAAGCGUAGUUGUGUGCUCAAUGCUCGCGGUCGCCGCUGCCACCGACGUGCAACAAUGCGCUGGAAAGUCGUAUGAUUUGAAAAAUCACGUACAGUUAUCGCCGUGCAAGAAGUCCCCGUGUCGCCUCAAGAAGGGCACCAAUCAACACAUUACGAUUUCUUUCACUCCUGAGAGUGAUUUGGACGAGCCGACUAACCACGUCACAGCGACCAUAGCCGGAGUGGAGCUGCCCUUCGUGGGUGUGGACGGCGUUGGAAUCUGCGACAAAUUAGAAAACGAGGCGGGCGAGAAAGCCUCGUGCCCUCUCAAAGCGGGAACCACAUAUGUCUACAAAGAUUCCUUCCCCAUAUUAAGUUUCUAUCCCUCCAUAGAAGUCAAGGUGCACUGGGCACUGCAGCACAAAAACAAGGAUAUUAUCUGUUUUGAGGUACCAGCAAAGAUAGUCUAAUAUUUUUUUUACCAUUUGCACAGACGCCGGCAGGAUUAUUAUCAGAGUCCUUCCAUAAAUUGUAUUUUUUUAAAUGUAUUUUUGUAAAUGCACUCCUUAGUGGCGUCCAAGUUAUAUCUGCUUUGCGCAAGAUGUUUUCAAAGUGAUAACUGCAUUAAUACCAUGACUGAAUUGCGGGAUGUUCACUAUCAAUAUCGUAUCACAGUUCGGAGAUCGCAGGAUUUCAAGAACGUUCGGAUAGGUACAUUGCGAUCCUGUUAAUAUCAUCAAUAUUUCCUCGAUACAAGAUCGUGAUAUCGCGUUUCCCGUGAUAAUAAUAUUGAUAGUGUAACAGCAGUGGCGUGCAGAUCAUACAGGCACAAAAGCGUUGCUUACCUUUGGAGAAUUAACUCAACGUUCAUUGUUUAUAAAAUAAGGCUUAUCCUGGCUCCAAACUUGUGCACGCCACUGUGUAACAGGCCUCAUUCUGAGGAAAAAUCUAGAUCUCGCUUCUAGGUAAAAAUGACGAACAAAAAAUGCAGAACAACGUUUUCACGUGGUUCAACAACAUUGUUAUUGUAUAGGUAUUUAUAGGUAUUAUUAUAAUAAGGACAUUAAAACUGGUUUUAAUAAUAA